AUGGCACUGAGGCCACAGGAAGUAGUCCUCCCCAGCACCGAGGAACAUUUGGGACGAGGCGCUGGGGUGGACUACUCCCCGAGGUCGAGGUGUCACGGAAUCCCCCCCUCCCCUCCUCUACUACCGCUGUAUAGCUUGUCAUAGAAUUUGUAGGCCUGCAGUUUAUUUAUGAGCACCUAAUUUGUGGAUUUCAUGUCAUCGUUAUUCUGUUGGUAUGGAAGCGGAGAUGUCAAUAAAACAAUCUGAAAAAUUAAGUUCAAUGUUAGAAACGUUUCAUUUUGUGACUUUUUCACACAUGCACCACUUCCAGAAAUACAUAGUGUGUCAAACUCGAACGGGUGAGACCUUGAAAAAUCGGCUUCUUAAAGACAUAAAGUAUUUUGCAAAACCCUGGGGGAAUUCUCAUUGAAAUUUGGAAAAAUAAGGCGUAACAUUGGUCUGAAACGUUAACAGGAUACAAAAUUUGACAAGCGCUUUAAAGAUUGGAAACAUUGUGAGCAAGUUGAUGUGUCUUAGCGUUUGUUUCUUGUAUGCGUUUUGGUUAACAGAAGGUAAUGUGUGUGUAUAAAAUAUAACAAGUAUUGCAUAAUUUGGUUUCGCAUGACAGUGAGAACUACAAACCCCAUAUUUUAUAGUUCGUGCUAUCAUGCUAAACCUCAUCCAACAAUUUGAUAACUUAACAUCUUAACCUCACCCAGUUAUUUUAUAUCUUACUGGAGGUAAUGGCAGAUCUUAGGCUAUGUUCAUACUAUACCGGUAUGGUAUGAACACCUAUCCGAUAUGUGACCCUUCAAUUUUGAGAUCGGGGCGAUGCUGCGUCUCUCCGUUACAGUGGUACCGAAAAUUGCCGCUUUUACGUGUAAAGAGAAGCCCUAUGUGGUAUGGUUUUCAUGCCUUGGCAAAAACUAUCCCGUAUAGUGAGUAGUAAAAGCGUUGCAAUUAGAAAAUCGAAUAAUAGUGCAUUUAUACGCGCGCACGCACAUUGCAUGGGAAUAUUAAAGACGCAACAAUAAAAAAUACGCACCAAAGUUUGUUUCUCUCCGAUCUCCAAAUUGAGCUUUGACGAAAUUAGACUUACUGGAACCCAUACGGCUUUGUUAGCGAAAGCAAGGAGAGUUGAUAUCAGCGAAUUUCGGGUUAAAAAUCAUGCCAUUUUUUAGACUUCGACCACGAAAACCGCUGUUCUACAAUUCAUGCAAUUUUGUGCUUGCUAUUUCCUUACCAUCGCUUUUACUUAAUAAGGGUAAAGGAGAAAAAAGAAAAAGAGGAAAGAAAAUAAAUAAAGAGAGAAAGAAAGAAAGAGAUGAAUAAAUAAAUAAGAUCCACCACGAGCUGACAAGGGCGAAGGCGAAAAGAUGAAGAAAAUUUCACUACGUGAUUACCGCGCACGUAAGGGAGGCCAAUACUGAAAGCAAGGCAAAUGUGUGUCGAAACAGAAACUCCUGAAAUUUUCCGUUAAGUUCAAAGUGCGUUCUUCUUGCUCGAACGCACUUAUCGUUAUUAUUGUUCUAUUUUAAAGUAAUCUAGGUCACUACAAUUUGGCUUAAACACAGCAGGCGUUAGAAUAUUUAGGUUUCCCUAUGCAUCGAUCAGCAGUGAUCAUGACGCCAAUCAAAUUGGCUGACCAGAAAUAGCUCAUUGUAGGAGAGAAUGGGUAUCUUUUGUUGCCCGUGGGCUGAACAAGGAUAAGUAUAUAUUCAUUUCAAAGGUACCUGUUGCUCCCUAGGUACCGAAUAAAAGCUGGUGACUACCACUUGGACGAGAAUGAAGACUCAGAACAAGAAGUGCCCAUAGAAAAGAUUUUUGUUCAUCAUGGCUACAGGAAAGCAACAUUCGAGAGUGACAUUGCCCUCGUCAAACUUAAACAACCCGUUGAACUUGGCGAUUUUGUUCGAACUGUUUGUUUACCAAAAAGCGAGGAAGGAGACUUGGCGACUCCAACGAAAUAUGGUUUUGCAUCUGGAUGGGGUUCGACAAAACCUUCCGAAGGGGAGAGAAAUUCCGACCACUCGAAAGUUCUUAAAUAUUCCCCGUUCGAAAUACAACAGGACAGAUUGUGUUUAAACGCAACAAAGAAAAUCGUUAAAUUGAAAGUGACUUUUUGUGCAGGGAACGGAAAAGGAGGAAAUGACACUUGUUUUGGCGACAGUGGAGGAGCCUUUGUUCGUGAAGUAAAGAGAGGAAAUGGCCAUCGGUGGGUUGCUACUGGCUUAAUCAGCUGGGGGGAGGGGUGUGCUCAAAAAAAUCACUAUGGAUACUACACUAGGGUUUACCCAUUCAUCGACUGGAUUAAUAAUACUGUGCACGAAAACUGAAAUCAGAAAACACAACAGGACGUAUUCGUAGGCAACUAUUUUAGUUUGAUUAGUGAAUUUUUCACCAAGUACUCAAAUUAAUUAAUGCUUAGCUUCUCAGUGCUAAUUUAAUACAAAGAUUAGUAAGGUAAUAACCAUCAACUGUGAUUUUGCAGGGUAUUUUUUUUGAGCUUAUGACAUUCUAGGGCCUUUAAUUAAAAACUGAAAUUCGAUAACGUCUUUUCCUUGCCAUUUCUUGCGACUAUUUCUUGCUUUAAAAAUAAACUGAUUGCAGCCCGAAAUACCUUGCACGAUGGUAAUAUACCCCUAUCUCUGUUAAGGAAAAAUGUUGCCCUUUAAUCACAUCAUUACCAACUCUCGUUUCUUCAAAUUCGUUUACCGUAUCUAAUAUGUAUUAGGCAUUCAGUUCUUUUUUUCCCAAGACCAAUGGUGUAUGCAGAAGUGUGGACGAGAGGAUUCGCCAUCCUCCCCCCCCCCCCCCCCCCCCCCCCCCCCCCCCCAUUUCUUCCUCCUCCCCCCCAUUUUCUGCUAACAUAUAGCUUCCACACCUCUAUGGCGCCCCCCCUCCCCAACACGAGUGUGUUCGCAAGUGUGGGGGAGGGGGUUUUCCCCCCCCCCCCCCCCCCCCCCUACCUUUGACGCGUCUGUAAUCAUUGCCUUCACGGAGAAUUUGCUGUCAAAGCAUUUCCUCACCAGUUGUAGCGCUGCACAUCGCACGAAAGCGCUCUCUCGAAGCUGUAUUUUUUGGUAGUCGAAAAUGAAUGUUGAAUGCACUUUUUUGAACACUUUACAGAGCAUUUGGCACAUACAAAAAUAAUAAAUCUGGUAGUUAAAAUCAGGCUAUUUUAUUGAAUUCCGUCAGGGCUAUAGGGAUUCGCAGAAUAGCCCCAAAUUUGUUUCCUCCCUUUCCGGUUUUUACACUGUAAGACCGAUCUUGGCGUCUUCAGUCCUUUAGGUUUGUGGGAUAUAUGCUGUGCGUAAAGAACGGAAAUGUAAGACAAUGACUACGUGAUCGAAAUAACCAUCGUCAAUGGGGUUUUAAGAGAGUUUUGGAUGUCCCCACGACAAACAGAACUCCUCUGGACCCAGUGACAUUUCAUACAAAUUGUUUUUGUUAGCUUGAGGAUGGUACUUGUAGUACUUUGUCAGUUUGAAAUCCUGUCUUGAGGUUGUUCAAAUCUUUUGUAAAUUAAAGAUGGUGAGAAGCAUUUUUUUGACCAGUGAAACAAGUGGUGAAUCUCUAAGAAUGACACAUGCACAGGCGACUGCACGGCAAAAAAUUAACAGGUCGAACUUAUAUCUUUCUGGUUGCAAGUCCAGAUGCCUUACCGCUGAGCUAGAAAACCGUGAAGUUAGUUAUAAGCACAUUAAACUAUUGAGGUUCGUGUGGCAAAGCUAUCCUGUAUCCAUACUGCUACGAUGGGGAAAUAGAUACAAUGAUACAAAUUGUGACUGUAAAUGUUGAGCGAGAUUAACAUGAUGAUGUUUUCUCAGUCAGGGAUACAGGUGACUCUGAAAAGGAAAAAAAAAAAAAAACGAUUCCAAACAGACAUUACUAUUUCCAAUGAUCGACCACUCGAUCAGUGACCACUAAGCUGCCGUAGAAAGGUGCUUGAUUCAUGGUUACCUCUUCUGCCGUUGCUCUCUCUAUGACUAAAACUCGCCAGAAUCGCGCCGAAAAGACAGAAAUACUAAUAACAUACCAUGAAUAAGACAAGGAGGCAAGGUAAGGAGUAUUGAUGUAUUUUUAUUUCCAUUUUAGUGCCCUGUAAAUAACGAUCGCUAAAAUCCCCGUAGAAACCCUUAUAACUUUUCUGUUACACAGUAACACAGCAAUCAAUCAAUCAAUCAAUCAAUCAAUCAAUCAUUUAUUUUAACACGUUGCGUCAAACGUGUAUAAAGAAAAUAUAUAAUAACUACAGCUAUAUAAUAUUAUUCAACUUCAAAAACAACUCAAUAAAUAUAUACAUAUAAAAAACUUGUUAAUAAAAACAUAAAAUAUAUAGAGGAUAUUACACGGUGGCGCGAAGAUAUGAAUUUUAUUUUCGAGUGGCAAGACAAUAUUUUACGAACGAGCGCAGCGAGUGAGUAAAAUAUUGUUUUUGCCACGAGAAAAUAAAAUUCAUAUCUUCAAGCCGCCGUGUAAUAUUCUUUUUAUUAUAUAGACAAAAAGACAUUGAUAAAAUAAUAGAUUAGUAAUUGUGAUGAGUCAAAUUUACAGUACAGCAAUACAAGACGUUGUUUACAAUAAUCUUGAGAAAUAACGCUGAAUGGAAUAGGGUUCUACAAUGAAAAAAAUAUAAACAAAACUUUGAAAAAUGUGUAACUAAAAUUCAAAAGACCCAAGACGCCUACAAAUUUCAGAGGGAAAUUACUGAAAUUACGUCAUCGAUAAACUCACGUGUGAGAUUAUGGAAAAUAAAUCACUCGGGUCCCGGAUGUAGUUUUUAUGAAUUUUACGAGUGGUAUAUUUCCAGUAAAACACUCGCGUCUAUAUAAGUUUUGUCAUUGCAUCAUGAGGAAGAAAACGCCUUAUUCUUUUCAGUGCAGAGGCCUUCGCGUAGGCUUUCUUUAGUUGAUCUGAUAAGUGUUCUUUAUAGGAUAGGUCCUUGUCUAGAGUAACUCCGAGAAACUUAAUAGAUCGGAGAAAUUCUAUUCUAGCAUUAUUAGGAAAUAAAGAAUAAUGAUAGGCACAGGGUCCAACAGAUAAUGCUUGAGUCUUAGUACUGUUCACUGUUAAAUGGUUAAACUCAAACCACGACGAAAGAGUCUGAAGAACUUUGUUGAAGGAAAAUUCUAGAAUGGUGGGAGAUACAUCAGACAGGUAGGCAGUCGUGUCAUCAGCGUACAGCCGCAAUGAGACAUUAGGAACACAGAAAUUCAAGUCAUUAAUGAAUAUGUUUAACAGCAACGGCCCCAAUAGUGAACCUUGCGGAACGCCAGAUUUAACUGUUUUGAAGUUAGAGCAUACGCCUUCUAAUCUCACACAUUGUUGACAACCUAGCAGGUAGGUGGACAUCAGUUCCAAGGUAUGUGGAGAAAAGCUAUAGGCCUUCAAACGCUUUGCUCAAGUCCACAGCGACCGCCGCUACAGCUUCCUUGUUAUCAACACUGUUCCUCCAAUCUUCCGUCAUUAUUAGCAAUGCAGUGCAGCAAGAGUUAGUUUCAUAAAUCCAGAUAAGUUUGAGGACAAAACGCUAUGAAAUGCAUUCCAAGUUUGGUCGUAAAUAACUUUCUCAAAUACCUUCGAUAGCAAAGUUAAUAUUGAGACAGGGCGGUAGUUUGCUUUGUCUGUGUCAAUCCCCCGUUAAAUAAUAACAUAACAUAACACUUUAUUAGCAUUCCCAUACAGCUAUGUCGGAAGAAAAGCAAAAAGUCUUCAAGAUAAGACCGCAAGGUAAUGUGGGUUGUUUCAAAUCCGCCUUUUGCUGGCAAACAAUCACGCCACCAAACUCGUCGCUGAUUCAUUUGAACCAUACUUAUCAUUUUAGUUUUAAAAAAAGCACAACAGCAAGGUAAAACUACGUUUCGUCGGAAGUGCACUCUUGCUUAUUCCCAUCUUUGAAAGCAAUUUUGUUCAGCUAAUAAGCAAGGAAAAAUGACAUUAAAUUUUACAUUUUAUCAAUUUGCUUAUCGUAGUAACGAAGUGGGGGAAAAAAAAUAUUAUAAACAAACUUUUUUCCGAAUAAUGGUUCCUUCUCAAUAAUUAAUUAAAGCUCGCCAACGUCUACUUAAGGUAAUAUUUUGCACUACACCAGCAUGUGAGCCACAUCGCCUUUAUUCCACCUCGUUCAAUGUUUUAAAUGGUGGCGAUUUCUCUGGAAAUGAAUUCUAAAGGACUAGUUUUGAGUUAAAAAAAAAAAAAGAAAAGAAAGGAAAAUUGUGGUCUGCUGUUCACUUCUAUAAAACAUGAGACAUUUGAAGCCGUAGUCGGGCAACAACGGCCACGGACAAAAAAGGGUGAUGCACGUGUAAAUUAAGUUGUUGUUUUGUUAAUUUAAACCUAGAUGUUGCUCACGGUCUCUUUUGUCGCCAUUGUAUUUGCUUAAGCUCCCUACUGUUUGAAGGCCUUCCAACCACCUCUGUUUUAAGAGUUGUCCAGCGUUUAGUACUCUCACUUACAGAACGACGUUCCAUACUAUUCUCAGGGACAUACUUGAGUGGCCGCAAAACUCCUAUGGGUCCUGAAGCAGGUCAUUAUUACUUUUCGGUCUUGGCUUAGAGGCUUUUUGCUUUUCUUCCGACAGCGUUUUUUGAAAUAGCUGUAUACAGAAAUGGUAUUGCUUUUAAACUAUUACAAUUAUAAAUUUAAUUAUAUUUAAAAUAACCAAGUAAACGGAUAGUAUUUAAUUAAAAGUUAUAAUUAGAAUUCACUACUUCUCAUGCUUCUGUUUUAAUGGAAUAAAAUUCUCUAAGUUGAAAUGCUUCAUAGACAUUGUAGCCACUCGUGAGCUUGGGUUACCUGUGCUGAAUCAAAGCAAAGUGUGUUUCCAGGCUUUCUACAAGAAAUAUGCGGGUAGAAUUGACCAGAAACGAAAAAAAAGACUUCUUCAAUGCAAGUAAUUCAACUUUAUUAAACAAAAAUUUAACCUUUAUUUAGUCGAAACUCAUGUCUCCUUUUGCCCAUGGUCUGAAGGAGGCUAUUUGGUAACAGCUGUUUGGUGGACUUGAGUGAUAACUUCGCUAAGCUCUGCUCAGAUGAUUUCUACAUCGAACCAACUCCUGUCACAAUCAGCAGUGAGGUGGAGAUCCUGGUUAUUUCUGAACGGCAGGUCUGGAAUUCACUUAGGGCACUCAAAGGAACUGCGGCUGGACCCGACCCGAUUCCUUGCUGGGUUUGGAAGGAGCAUGCAUGGUUUGGAAUCUCUCAAUCUCCACUUAGUGUUUGCUAUCACCGUGGAAGCGAGCGAUUAUCACCCCUCUUCCCAAAGUGGACGUUACUCAGUAUUAAUAUGAAUCCUGUCAUAGCGAGGGCUUUCGAGAAAAUUGUCUACCACUGCCAUGCCCGUGAGACUAUUGCUGAAAGUCACCUCAGCACCUCG